AUGUCUGCUGCCGACGUACCCCGGAGGUCUCCCCGCCGUCGUGCUGCUAAUGUGCCUGACCACUUCCAACAACCGCCCCAAUUUACCGUUCCUGUACUGCCUCCCAGACCACAACAACAGGCUCCGCUGACGCUAAAAGCGAUCCAGGAGAUUCCGCUGCCCAAAUGUGACCUGGACCUGCUGCUGUGGGACGAGAGACGGUUUUCGAGUGACCUGGAAGAACUGAUUUUCCUGGAGUGUGAGGAACCGCUGCAGACGGAAGAGCUCGAGCUCGAGGAGCUAGGCGAGAUGCAAGUGUGUCUGAUUGACGACGUAGUCACUAUCGUCGCCCACCACACUCCCAGAUCGCUUAAGCGUUUGAGCCGAGUCAUCGUUUAG